AAUGUAUCUCUCCUCCCGACAUGAGUCAUUUGAACUUAAAAGCGGACAAUUAUGAGGGCAAUCCGAUUCAUGAAAACACAACCUUUGCCUUUGGAACGAAUCUGACGUAUUCCUGCAUGGAUGGAAAAAAGUUCCAAGCUGAUUUUGAUCAAGUCAACGUUCAAGCUAUGUGUACUUCAAACAAUAUUUGGGUUCCGCCCCAUGAUUGGGGAGAAUGCGUGGACACUGUUGAGUGUCCGGCUUUGGAUCCCCCGGCACUAAAUGGGACGGUGCAAGUGAAGAAUUCUGGCUCGAGAUAUGGGCCCACUUGUCCGAACGAGUAUCAAUCAAACCAAUGUCAAUCAGGGAUAAUUUUCCAGAAUGCCAAUGGCCCCACCAAUCAGGCAAAUUUUAACCUUAAGAUUAACAAUUCCGUCGGCUCGCGGUUGUCGGAAAUCAGUUUAAUCAUCAGGUUCUCAACCCCAAUUUUGGAUCAAGAAGCUCAAGAUUUUAGUUGGGAGUUAACCAAUAACACCAACGUGCUCGUCAUGCAUGGGGCCAUCGACCAAGACCCUAUGUCAGUCAAGGAAUAUGAUUUUCAAGUUGAGUUUGACAAUGACCUUUUUACGAAUUUAUGCAUCGAAUCGUUUGAAUGCUUCCAAUGCACUAAUUCAGUCAACUGUCCAAUGGGAACGAAACCAUUGAGAGAACAGUUAUUGAAGUACACGGAUGAGCCGGACACCGACGUGCCUCUGUUAUUCGAGUCUCAAGUCGAAUAUACUUGUGGUCUAGCUAAGCAAUAUUCGAAUGUCACGACCCAAACCAAUUACUUGACUCGAACCCUCAAGUGCCAAUGGAAUGGAACAUGGAAUCCAAAUUCCGAACCGGAUGAGUGUGUUUGGACCCAAUGUUUACAACCCCCAUUUCCCUCGCUGGAGAGUGGUUUAAUGGAGGCUACAUGGGAUGGCAAUCCAGUUGAGUUCUUUACGGAUGUUCAUUAUGAAUGUCAGAGGGGAAUGAAGUUUUCAGAAGAUAUUGACAAGGUCUCCCAGAAUGUCACUUGCAAACCAGGCAACACGUGGGAUGAACCUUCACCAGGGUGGCCACAAUGCGUUGAAACCAAACUUUGUCCUCAACCGGUGAGCCCCCCUGAUAAUGGAACAAUCGUGGUGAAGAAUUCUGGAACUAUGUUUGGUCAUAUCUGUUUGGGAGAUCGGGGAGAGUGGGAAGAUGUGCCCAAUGAAGAUUGCGGGGAUCUUCAAAUCAGAUAUCGAAACACGUCUGAUCCAGCUGAUCCUAGCUAUAGCUUCCAAUUUAGCACACCGACAGAUCCACCCCAAACCAGGGUGCUUUUGUUCCAAUUUUCGGAAGCCAUCGACGAGUCUUCUUUACAACUCUCCAGUCCAGUUGUGAGUUUGCCCUCAUCGAACAAAAACUCGAUGAUCAUCAAAUUGCCAAUGAGUUCCAUUGAACCAUCUGGGGGUUCCAACGUUGCCACCAUAACCUUUCAAACUGCACCAGGGCAAAAAGCACCUUGUCUCCUGGCAGCUUUUUGUGCCACUUGCCCGCACAACCAAUGUGACGACAAAGUGGCCAAAUUGGAACAGGAUAUUUACUUGGUCCAAAACCUCACUCUAUAUGGAACAGAACUGGAAUACAAAUGCCGCUUGGGCCAAGAGUUGCUGACUAAUGCAGGAACAGAGCCGACCAUUACUAGAACUUGUCAAUGGAACCAAAUCUGGGAUGGCAACGACAAUUUCACUUGCGUUUGGGUGGCAUGUGUUGACCCGCCAACACCACCGAUGGGUCAUCAUUUGGUUAGCCUGUACGAAAAUGGGACAACAGUGGCCUUCAAUGAUUCCGUGGUUUACAUGUGUGAGGAUGGGUACUUCUUUGAAGAAGACAAGCACCUCAUGAAUUUCACCAUUCAAUGCAUGUCAAACGGAUCCUGGAAUACACCAACGAUCUGGAAGAAGUGCUUUCAACCAUCAGAGCGGAUUUGUCCUGAUCCCAACAUGCCGAGUGACGAUCACGUGUACAAUUGGGAUCCAAGUUUAGGCCAACCCGCGCAAUAUGGGAUGCUUUUGGAGUAUUCUUGUAAAACUGCUCGGAAGCUUCAACGAACCCUUACCAAUGGAACCAAAACCUUGUAUGACAAACAAGAGUUCAAAUGUGAAUGGAAUCAGGAGUGGUCGCCAAGGGCAACGGUUGAUCCAUGUGCUUGGUACCAAUGCAUUGAUCCGCCAAUACCCCCAGGUCAUCGGUUAAAGUCUAACUGGAAGAAUAUCCCUUACGAAUUUGGCGAAUCGGCCAUCUAUACGUGUGAAAAGGCCGGCCUUUGGUUCGAAACAGAUCGCAAUAUGAAAUCGUUGUCAGUGGAAUGCCUUCAAAACGGGACCUUCAAGGCUCCUAAUCCUUGGCCAUUUUGUGUCUCAAACAUCCUAUGUGCUCAACCUCCGGGGAAACCAAGAGGAGGAACUUUAAUUUGGAAUGGCAACACUACCUUCGGGACCGAAGUGGAAUAUACCUGUGGCAAGUACGCAAAGUUUCUCAAUCAAAAAACGGGCGAGUUUUACGAAUACUCAAAAAUGACUUGUCAAUGGAAUCGAACCUGGGAUCAACAUGGGAUCGAUCGAUGCAUCUGGACGGCGUGCAACCUGAUACCUUCUCCGAAUCCAGAAACAUUGCUGAAGUAUGAUCCAGAACCUGGAACAACUUGGGUGGUUGAAUCCCCAUAUACUACUUAUGGACCCCAAAUGCCUGCCAAGGUUUUAGCUCCAUUCACUUUUGGGGGUAAAACUGUUCUUGUGAUUGAAGGCCAAAUCUUUGACCGACAAGACUUCAUAGCUCAACCAGAAUUGGUUAUGGUAGAUGAAUACAACCGAAAAGUACUCAAGUUCACCCUUGAUCCUGAUUACAGUCAAAUGACUCUCAAGACUGAGCUAGACCAGGACAACACUGUGGAGGUGGGUGUCGCACUAGAUUUCGGCAAGACUUUCUCCAUUACAAUCAAGUAUGCUCCCUCCCGAUUUCGAUUCGAGAUCACUGUCAAUGGCGAAGCCACGGAGCCCUUGGAAAUACCUGAUUCAACCCCGGAUAUUGUCUUUGACCACGUUCAAGUGGAGGGUGAUUUGGAAGUGACCUUCUUGGGGUUCAUCGAGCCAAAUCAAUCGCCUUCAGUGCCCAUUGGAACUACACUGACUUACUCAUGUCCCAAGGAUCACGUGUUUGCUCACGAUUGGAUGCAUAAGCCCGAAGUUCGUCUCAAAUGCUUGGACGACGGCCUGUUUGUCCCGCCAGAUAUUUGGCCAUCUUGCAUUUAUCCUUCCCUGACGUCCAUCAAGUCAUGCUCCAAUGGCAGUUGCUACAGUAAGUAGAGUUGGGAGUUCAGUAACAAAAAAGAAAGGGGCAAUGAUAGGAAAAGGUCAGAUUCAGAACAUGAAGCUUUUUCAUAGCGUGGUUGAAGCCAAGGAAAAAGAUAAGGAUUGCCCUUGUUGCUUUCAAAAACGUCUCCUUUUUUUAAUUCCUAAUAUCUGGACCCGACCUUUUCCACAUCUGGGUUCAAACCAGGAUAAGGAACGGGUUGGGUUGAUCAUGAAAAUCUGUCGUACGAGAACUGAGUUUCUGGCCAUUACAUUGUUGUCUAUCUGAGAUUAAUGUGUAGCAUUUUGUACCAAAUUUGUAUCACGGCCCUAUUUUGUUAACAAGCAUCACAUGGAACCCAUUCAAUCUGAAAUACAAGCUAUUAUAACAA